UGGAGACGUGCCCAUCCGGGAGGCGCUGGGAGGGCUUCUUCGCGGUUGUCCGCUAGGAAGGCCUCCGCAAGGUACCUCCUCACGUACCUCUCGCGGGCCCAGCAGGCCAGCAGCGUGGGGCGACGGCGACGGCGGGGGCUGGGAGCGCUGGCGGCCGGGGUCCCAGCCAUGGCCGAGUCCGUGGAGCGGCUGCAGCAGCGGGUCGAGGAGCUGGAGCGGGAACUGGCCCAGGAGAGAAGUCGCCGGGCCGUGGGGGGCGGCGAUGGAGGAGGGGGUCGGGCCCGCAUCGAGAAGAUGAGCCCCGAGGUGGUGGAUUCCAACCCCUACAGCCGCCUGAUGGCAUUGAAGCGAAUGGGAAUUGUAAGCGACUAUGAGAAAAUCCGUACCUUUGCUGUAGCAAUAGUAGGUGUUGGUGGAGUUGGCAGUGUGACUGCUGAAAUGCUGACAAGAUGUGGCAUUGGUAAGUUGCUACUCUUUGACUAUGACAAGGUGGAACUGGCCAAUAUGAAUAGACUUUUCUUCCAACCUCAUCAAGCAGGAUUAAGCAAAGUUCAAGCAGCAGAACAUACUUUGAGGAAUAUUAAUCCUGAUGUUCUUUUUGAAGUACACAACUACAAUAUAACCACAGUAGAAAACUUUGAACAUUUCAUGAAUAGAAUAAGUAAUGGUGGUUUGGAAGAAGGAAAACCUGUUGACUUAGUUCUUAGCUGUGUGGACAAUUUUGAAGCUCGAAUGACAAUAAAUACAGCUUGUAAUGAGCUUGGACAAAUAUGGAUGGAAUCUGGAGUCAGUGAAAAUGCAGUUUCAGGGCAUAUACAGCUCAUAAUUCCUGGAGAAUCUGCUUGUUUUGCGUGUGCUCCACCGCUUGUAGUUGCCGCAAAUAUUGAUGAGAAGACUCUGAAACGAGAAGGUGUUUGUGCAGCCAGUCUUCCUACCACUAUGGGAGUGGUUGCUGGGAUCUUGGUACAAAAUGUAUUAAAGUUUCUGUUAAAUUUUGGUACUGUUAGUUUUUACCUUGGAUACAACGCAAUGCAGGAUUUCUUCCCUACUAUGUCCAUGAAGCCAAAUCCUCAGUGUGAUGACAGAAAUUGUAGGAAGCAGCAGGAAGAAUAUAAGAAAAAGGUAGCAGCACUGCCCAAACAGGAGGUUAUUCAAGAAGAGGAAGAGAUAAUACAUGAAGACAAUGAGUGGGGUAUUGAGCUGGUAUCUGAGGUUUCAGAAGAGGAACUGAAAAAUUCUUCAGGUCCCAUUCCUGACUUACCUGAAGGAAUUACAGUGGCAUAUACAGUUCCCCAAAAGCAAGAAGAUUCUGUACCUCAAGUAACAGUGGAAGAUUCUGGUGAAAGCUUGGAAGACCUCAUGGCCAAGAUGAAGAGCAUGUAAACAGUGGACUGGCCUAAAUUUUAUUUCCUGUAUUUAAACCUGUUCCCUUGCAAUUAAAAAAAAAAUCACUUUAAAACUGAGGACACUUAGGGCAACAUUCAAUUGAUGUAUAAUCUUCACAGAAUUGUCACACUGUUUGAAGAUACUGUGACUAUUCUUGUUGCUCACCAAACCUCCCUCCCCACCCCCCGCCCCAACUAAAUCAGAAACUCUUCUAAAACUCAUGUUUCAUUCCAGUGAGAAAAAUUCAAAGGAUUAUCGUAGGUAGUUAUAAAUCUUAUUUAAAACUUAGCUAUUGAAUUGUUUUGGCCUUUUGGGAGGGGUGGUAAGAAAGGACCAAUUUGAUGCUGUAUUCCUUUUCUUUCUAGUAAUCCUUUGUAGUCUGUUGCCUGAGGCCAUGGACAGCAGAAGAGUGUAUGGCCCAAUACAGGGAAAGGACUAGAGGUACAACCUGUUGAUUAGAGCCCACAAGCAUCUACUCAUUGUGUUUGGAAUUGCUCUCUACAAGAAAACUGCCCACUACUACUAACUUGAGCAACAAUGAGUUUCAAAUAGUAAACCUAUAAAACAAAAACAUCCUUUCAGAUGUUUCCCGAUGAAAUUCAAUCUGAAAUACAGUCAUUGGAAGUUUGCAACCCUGUGAAUUAUAUAUUCAAAACAAGACAGAGGCAAAUAAAAGGAAGCUUUCUUCAUGGAUAGACAGAUAAAGAUAUUUUCAGGAUGUACAAAUUAUAUUUCUGCACUGACUAAGGAAAAGUGUAUCAUCUGUGGAACAUAUAUCUGAGUCAAGUGUGCUUUAUGGAGGAGCAGAAGAUAAAUUUAGGCUUAGAUCAUCUAAAUUAUAACCAACAUGUGGGCUACCUUCUAAUACUUUAUUUAAAUUUGAUUUCCUGGGUAAUCAGAUAUUGGCAAAGGUUUAUCCUGGAUAGUGGACAAUAAAAGAGGUCUAAAUUGCCUCUGUAAUGACUGACAUGUAUUUCUUCAUAGGGAAGAGUAUCAUUUUCCCUGAUCAUGACCACUAAAUCGUAAUUUGAUAAACUUUUUCUCUGGAGUUUGCAUACAAAUCAAUGAAGGCUUAGAAAGCGUUGUUUGAAAUAAAUUUCUAAUGGUUUCAAGACUAAUAAAGACACAUGCAUGUGUAACCAUUAUCUGUAGGCUGGUACUAUGCCAGUUUCCUAUCUUGAUGAUUCUUUUGCUUUGAAAAGAUAUAAAUGUCUAAAUUCUAUCUCUAGGGGGAAAUGUCAUUAAAAAAUUAGAAGUGCAUUUCCCACUUGUAAAAUACAAUUCUAAAAAUAAUUUCAGAAAGCCCCAAAUAUCAGAUAUGUUUAAUAUAUUAGUUUUGAGAUUUUAGGAUAAUGUGAUUCUUAUGUUUAGAGUGAUGUCAGGAUACUAUGGGGAUAGUUUUUCUAGCCUUGAAACAUUUAUGUUGCCUUGGUAGGUCAUUUGUUGUUAUUUAAAAAUUUAGUGUAUUCCUCUGUAAAAUAACUUUUCUAGUUCCUGGAGAUGCUUUGAAUUUCAAAAAAGAAAUGCAGUCUUUCUAAAUCCCAUUCCUUUGGUACACUAACUUGGUACCUCUGGCACACUAAUUUGGUAAGGCUUUACUUAUAAAUUUAAAAUGUUAUAGUUUGGUAAAUAGCUAGAACCUACUAUCCUGUUUUUUUUUAGUUUUUAUUGGAGUAUAGUUAAUUUAGUGUAUGUUAGUUUCAGGUGUACAGCAAAGUGAAAUAGUUAUACAUAUACAUAUUAGAACCUGCUAUCUUCUAAAGACCUUUUUUCUGUUCUUAAUUUGGCACUAUACCCUGGCUGGUGUCUUAUACUGUACCAAAUCAUAUCUAAUUUUUUUGUCUUAUAUCUUCCAUUAAAGUUAUUAUUUUAACAGAAAAAAUCUGAUAACAAGUAUCUUUUAUAACCUAGAACUCCUUUGACAAUCUGUAUGCCAUGAAAACUUGUAUAGGUAGGCAGCUAUGAGAAAUUAAUCAUCACUGGUUUUUCAUUACUAAAUAAACCCAUAGUGCUUGACCAGAUUUAUAACACUAUUGUUUCUAGUGUGAAAGAUGGAAACACACUCCCAGAAUUGCCUUAGCACAACGGCUCUAAGUUACACUAAAACAAACAAUAUGUUCAACGUUAACCCCUUUUUAAUUGUUAAUGGGAAGUUCAUUUGUGGUACUACUCAAAUGCUUUAUAUAAAUAGUAAAAAAGAUAAUGUAUUAUGGGUUUCUUUAUGUAAAAAUACUCCCGAAUACCUAUAAACACACUGACCAACCCAAAAAGGUAAUAAACUUUAACAAUAUUAAUGAAGCUUUGACUCCUCCAUCACAUUUUUAAAAUUUUUCUUUCCAUAAAAUAUUAAUGAAUGAAAAUUAAUUAUCACUACCAUAGUUUGGAGCCUACCAAUUCAGAUUUAUAAUUGUCUGAAAGCUACAUUUUUCAUUGUGAAAGCUGUGUAUUAAUGUGCACAUAUAUCCCUAUCUGAGUACCUCAAAUACAAAAAAAUGACUGUCCCUGCUGUGGCAUUCUACAUGAAAACAUUUGAGUUGGUAGUAUAAUUAGUAAGAUCAAAUUAUAGUCUUAAAAAUUAUAUUUAAACCUAACCCUUUUGAAAGUCAUCAUCCCCAAUUGUAAUUAAUAACUUACCAUAAAGUCACUUUGAAUAAUAUAUUUUCACUUUUUGUAGAUUUUUCAAGUCCAAAUUUUGUAGGAACAAAAAAAAAAAAUGU